AUGGCCGAGUGGGCGCGCCGCGGCCGCGCCAUCAACACGGACGGUGCCCAUUCGCGGGCGUCGACGGCGUCGACGACAGCGAGUCGCGCGGACCGGAAGAGGUUGGAACACGUGGACCGUAGAGUUUUGAGGAGAGUCGACGUGUGCUCGGGACCGUUAGGUCGGGGCGCGUACGGAAUCGUCUGGAAGGGCGUGGAACGACGAGGUAAAAGACGCGUCGUAGCUCUAAAGAAGUGUUUUGAUGCGUUCGCGUCGAGUUCCGACGCGAGAAGGACCUACAGGGAAGCCUCAUACUUACUACGUUUAAGAGGCCACGUGAACAUAAUCAGUUUGAGGCAUGUGAUCGAGUCCAAGUCCGGAAAUGAUGUGUACUUAGUUUUUGAGUACAUGGAGACGGAUCUGGAAUGCGUCGUGAGAGCUAAUUUAUUAGAAGAUGUCCACAAAAGAUACGUCGCGUAUCAGCUCCUCAAGGCGCUGAUUUACCUGCACAGCGCGGGCGUCGUCCACCGCGACGUCAAGCCGUCUAAUUUAUUAUUGAACUCGAACGGGCACAUGAAGCUCGGGGACUUCGGGCGCCGAGUCGGCGUCUUCAUUGAAGUUGAACUUGAUGUUUCGCGGCGACGGCGUCGCGGCGACGGCGUGGACUCGGGACCGCGGAACGCCCCGAAACGGCUCAAAAUCGACAAAGAGACCACACACGACCUCGUCUGAUGGAGACGACGCGCGUCGAUGGCGUAAGGCUCAAGAGAAAUCGCUCCCGCAGGCUCUGUAGAUCAGUCGUCGACUUCGUCGCUGAUGAUGCCGAGGACGACUAUAGCGUCGCGACGCGCUGGUACCGCGCGCCGGAGCUCCUCAAGCGGCUGCAGACGCGGCGGGGCACGGCCGUGGACCUGUGGGCCGUCGGUUGUGUGAUCGGGGAGAUGUACCUCGGGAGGCCGAUAUUCCCGGGCAAGGACACGCAAGAGCAGUUGUCGUUAGUCGCAGAGCCGUCCUUCUCAUAUAUGGAGGAGGAGCCCGCGUGUCGCGCGAAGAGCUUAGUUGCGAAGCUGCUGCGCCAUGAUCCGCAACGGAGGCCGACGGCGCGAAGGGCAUUGGACGACCCUUGGUUACAACAGUUCAAGGGGACCGAGGAGGAACCCAGCUAUAAGAACGGGCCCGUGCGCCUGCCCGUGGGGGACGACGCUCGACUAGCUCCCGCCGAGUACCGGAAUCGGCUGCAGCAACUGGUGGCGCGCGUGAAGAGUCGUUCGUCGAGGCCGCCGCGCGUCGACGAGGACCGGUCUUUGUCAAGACCGCCGCUGGAUAAGUGA